AUGAAGCUCUCAGCCAUCGCUGCCACCAUUGCCCUUCUCUCUACCGCCUUUGCUGCACCACUCCUCGACCACGUCGCCAACGGCGCUGCUGACAAGAUCCUCAAGCGUGGAACUGAAGAGAAGCGUCUUUUGAAUGACGUUGCUAACGGCGCCUUAGACAAGGCUAUUUAA